UGUCGUCAACAAGGAAACCGCGUGGGAGGGCGUAGAUUCGACAGACGAGCGUUGCCCCAAGUGUUCCUAUCCACGUGCUUAUUUCAAACAAUUGCAGACACGAUCCGCUGAUGAGGGUAUGACCUUGUUCUACAGAUGCUGCAAUCAUUCGUGCGGCCACACUUGGCGAGUCAAUACAUAAAUCAGCAGAGGCAAACAAUCCAAAGUAUUCGAGGGAUCAUGAAUCCCAAUGCAAUGGGUCCUAUUAAGGUCAACAUGAACAACGCCAGGAAUGAAUUGAAGCUGCUCGAGUCAAAGGAAAAGCAUUGGUUCUGCGGUGGCAACCGGAGUGUCGUGAUGGCAGCCCAAUUGUUGCAACAGGGCAAGAUAAUCGCGAUCCCGACUGAUACGAUUUAUGGUCUUGCUGGUGUGGCCGUCAACCCGCUCGCCGUUCAACGAUUAUAUGAAAUCAAACGGCGAGAUGGAAGCAAGCCACUGGCGAUCUGUCUGAGUAAUGUCAAAGAGAUUGGUACAUGGGGUGUUCUGGACGACGUGCCAUCUGGUAUGUUGGAGUGUCUGCUUCCUGGGCCCUGUACGAUAUGUUUGCGACGCACAUCCGCUUUACCAAAAUCAUUCAAUCCGGGCCAAGAGACUGUCGGGAUUCGUGUGCCGGAUAACAAGUUUGUACGCAGCGUCGCCAAGAUUGUUGGUCCAUUGGCACUCACCAGUGCCAACAUUAGUAGCGAACCAAGCAGUCUAUACCCGGACGAAUUUCGCGCGCUCUGGCCCAAGCUCGACGGCGUCUUCCACGAGACGUCAAAUUCGAACAAGCGGCUCGAGAGUCGCCGAGUCGGUUCCACUGUGGUGGAUCUGUCAACACCAGGCUAUUAUAGAAUUGUCCGUCAUGGUAUCGCAGGGAAUAUCAUCAUUAACGUAUUAAAUAAGUACGGAUUGAAGAAAAUUAUGGACAAUGUGUGCACUAUGUGAUUAAAGUUCUUAAUUAUAAACGGGGUAUUAUAUUUAAUUAUUAUUACGUUUAUAAAAAAAUAAAAUUUAAGAAAUUAUAUUGUG